AUGAGCGAGUCAAAUACCCUUUUCAAGUAUUUUUUAUCUCAACACCCAUUAUAUCAAGCAGUUGAAAAAUGUAUUGAUAGAGGAGUUACAGAUACUUAUAAUUACCAUGAUUUUUUCCCCUCUUGGAAUGGUCGAGUGGUGGAUCACAAAACAAUCAUCCAGGAGUUAUUUAGAGUUGAUCAAAGCAGAUUAGAAUUAUUUAUUGAAAGAAGGAAACCUGGUUCAGAAUAUCUGGAUCUUUAUACAUAUACAAAACACGGUGAUCAAGAAUUUAGUAAGAAACUCUUCCGUUUCUUGUUGGCACUUCCCAUGUGUGAGUACGAGAUUGCUAAUCAUAGCAAUGCACUUAGUAAAAGUACUGGGUCUGUAAAUCAGUUUUCCAUGAGCCUUUCCCCGUUUAAAUACGAUGAUAAAUAUAUAUCCAGAAUUGACGACGAGGAAGUAUCUAGUACUAUACGAAAUAUAUUACGAUUAGCACCUAAUGAGAAUAUAAUUGAUGGUCUCGGGGAGUUUGCCUUCAAGCGUUAUGAAUUAAUUAAUCGAGAUGAAGAGUUGGAGAAUGAUUACAAACAGGAUUUUAGAGAACACUUAGUUCAACCUAUAUUUUUGUUUUUGGUGGCAACCUUUGGUUUGAGCAUAAAACUCAAGCACGACGUCAAAAGUGUAAAAGGCCCGAAUGGUGUAACAUCGAAAGUCCUGUCAGACUUACAUCUUAUCAAAAAUGGGCAAGUAUUCUGUGCAAUUGAAGUUAAGAUGUUCCCAGUGCUACCAACGUAUGUAGGACAGAGUACUUCUACGAUUGGAACAGAUAUUUUUAACCAACUUAAUAUCAAUAAAUUCAUGAAACAAUUGAUCAGCCAGAUGGUUUAUUUCAAAACAAAUAUGGGUAUUGUUACAGAUUCAUAUAUUGCUAUAUUUGUGGAGAUUGACCUAGGUAUUUUCGAAAGAAACAUAAAUGAACUCAAAGGUAAAGUAGAUGUUCACGAGCACAAGACUGUACCUCUUAGAUAUAAAGUUUUGGAUUGUCAUUCGGCAGCGCCUACGUUACGAGAAGCACUUAUGCAUUUUUUUUACACUGCCUAUGUUGAUGAUGAAACAGAAAAGAUUAGGCAGGAAAGAAUGCUUAAAUUGAGAGAAUAUUUAUGGGCUACUCCGGAACAAAAUGAGGAGCAAGUCGAGAGCUCGGAGUACAGUACGGAAAGAUCAGAUGGGUCGUCCGGUAGUAGACCAAGUACAGCUGAUACAGCUGGUACACAAUCAUCGGCAGUAUUGGUGUCUCAUGAUGAAGAAGAUGAAGAGUUGGAAGAAGAAGAUCUUCUUGAAUUCACAGCCAAUGAUCAUAUAACUAUGCAGAACGGUGAUAUUUAUAAUUCGCAGCUUAUUGCAAUUGAUGCCCAUUACAUGAAGAAGUAUUUGCUCCGUCAUGUUGACGAUACUGAGAGGCUCGUUGCAAAGUUCUACGACCCCCGAAUGGCCAACAACGAACACGGUAAGUUUAAAUACAGCAAGAAAGAGCUAUUAAAAUUAUGUCUUAAGGCGUAUAAUAACGAAAGAUGGAUGUACCAGGCAUUAUCGAAAGAUCCGGAAUUCAACAGCUGCUAUAUACCCCACAAGAAAGGAUACAUGAAAGUCCGCCUUGAUGGAUACUAUCUCACCAAAGGGUAUUUCAACUUGCUUCAUUAUAUAGAAACCAUACCGUUAGAUAACAAAGACACUGAGUUGUACAGAAAGGCCAAGGUACAGGUGGACGUGAUUCACAAGCAUGGAAUUAUACACGGGGAUAUAAAGGCAGAAAAUAUACUUUGCGCAAAGGACGGAAAAGUGUAUAUCAUUGAUUUUGCAUUUUCCGUCACCAAGAAUGAAUGGAAUACUCAAAAAAGCAUAGAAUCCGAUAUCAGUGAAUUGAAAUAUGUAUUUGGUCUUGAUGGAAUGUAA